AUGCGUCCCGAGAUUGAGCAAGAGCUGGCUCACACCUUGUUGGUGGAGCUGCUCGCCUACCAAUUCGCUUCUCCGGUCCGAUGGAUCGAGACUCAAGAUGUCAUUCUGGCUGAGCAACGGACGGAGCGUAUUGUUGAAAUUGGUCCCGCAGAUACCCUGGGUGGCAUGGCCCGCCGCACACUCGCCUCCAAGUACGAGGCCUACGAUGCCGCUACCUCCGUACAGCGUCAGAUUCUUUGCUACAACAAGGACGCCAAGGAGAUUUACUACGACGUGGACCCCGUCGAAGAUGAGCCUGAACCCAGCUCCGAAGCCCCCGCAGCCGCUGCCGGUGCUGCUCCCGUGGCUGCGGCUCCCGCCGCCGCCGCCGCUCCCCCUCCUCCCAGUGCCGGCCCGGCUGCCGCAGUGGAAGAUGCUCCAGUGACCGCUGUGGAUAUUGUGCGGUCUCUCGUGGCACAGAAGCUCAAGAAGGGCUUGGAAGAGGUGCCUUUGACCAAGGCCAUCAAAGAUCUCGUAGGAGGCAAGUCGACGUUACAAAACGAAAUCCUCGGAGAUUUGGGCAAAGAGUUCGGUUCGACACCAGAGAAGCCCGAAGACACACCGCUGGACGAGCUAGGUGCCGCCAUGCAGGCUACUUUCAACGGCCAGUUGGGCAAACAAUCUUCUUCCCUCAUUGCUCGCAUGGUCUCCUCCAAGAUGCCCGGUGGCUUCAACAUCACGUCGGUUCGCAAAUAUCUCGAGACACGGUGGGGACUGGGCGCAGGCCGCCAGGAUGGAGUGCUGCUGUUGGCCAUCACCAUGGAGCCUGCUGCUCGUCUGGGCUCCGAGCCCGACGCCAAGGCUUUCUUGGACACCGUGACGAACAAAUAUGCUUCGACGGCCGGUAUCAAUCUUUCAGCUCCGGCGGCUGGUGGUGACAGCGGUGCUGGUGGAGGUGGUAUGAUGAUGGAUCCCGCCGCCAUUGAUGCCCUGACCAAGGACCAGCGGGCCCUGUUCAAGCAGCAAUUGGAAGUCAUUGCUCGCUACUUGAAGAUGGAUCUGCGCGCCGGUGACAAAGCGGCGUUGGUCUCACAGGAGAGCCAAAAGGCACUCCAGGCUCAACUGGAUUUGUGGUCUGCCGAGCACGGCGAUUUCUAUGCCUCGGGUAUCGAGCCUUCUUUCGAUCCCCUGAAGGCCCGAGUAUACGACUCCUCAUGGAACUGGGCGCGCCAAGACGCUCUCAGCAUGUACUACGAUAUCAUCUUUGGGCGUCUCCAAAUGAUUGAUCGUGAGAUCGUCAGCCAGUGCAUCCGCAUCAUGAACCGUUCCAACCCUCUUCUUCUGGAUUUCAUGCAAUAUCACAUCGACAAUUGCCCCACGGAGCGCGGCGAGACCUACCAGCUGGCCAAGGAGCUGGGACAGCAGCUUAUUGACAAUUGCAAGGAGGUCAUGGACGUUGCGCCAGUCUACAAAGAUGUCGCUGUUCCCACCGGCCCUCACACCACUGUGGACGCGCGCGGUAACAUUAGCUAUCAGGAGAUCCCACGUGCCAGUGCUCGGAAGCUCGAGCACUACGUCAAGCAGAUGGCCGAAGGUGGCCCUAUCUCGGAGUACAGCAACCGCGAUAAGGUGCAGAAUGACCUCAAGAAUGUUUACAAGCUCAUUCGCAAGCAACACCGCCUGUCUAAGGCCACGCAGCUGCAAUUCGAUGCUUUGUACAAGGACGUCAUUCACGCCAUGAACAUGAAUGAGAACCAGAUCAUGCCUCAGGAGAACGGCGCCGCCAAGAAGUCCGGCCUGAAGCGCUCGGCCGCCCUUCGCCCCGGCAAGGUUGAGACCAUUCCCUUCCUGCACCUCAAGAAGAAGUCCGAGCACGGCUGGGACUACAACAAGAAGCUCACCGGUGUCUACUUGAACGUCUUGGAGUCCGCCGCUCGUUCCGGUCUUUCCUUCCAGGGCAAGAACGUGCUGAUGACUGGUGCCGGUGCCGGGUCCAUCGGCGCCGAAGUCCUGCAGGGUCUCAUCUCCGGUGGUGCCAAGGUUGUCGUGACCACCAGCCGCUUCUCCCGUGAAGUCACGGAGUACUACCAGGGAAUCUACGCGCGCUAUGGUGCCCGUGGCUCUCAAUUGGUGGUUGUGCCCUUCAACCAAGGUAGCAAACAGGAUGUGGAGGCUCUGGUCGACUACAUCUACGACACCAAGAAGGGCCUCGGAUGGGACCUCGACUUUGUCGUGCCCUUCGCUGCCAUUCCCGAGAACGGUCGCGAGAUUGACUCUAUUGACUCUAAAUCCGAGUUGGCCCACCGUAUCAUGUUGACCAAUCUGCUCCGUAUGCUGGGUUCGAUUAAGACUCAGAAGCAGACUCAUGGCUUCGAGACUCGCCCUGCGCAGGUCAUCCUGCCCCUGUCGCCUAACCAUGGUACCUUCGGUAACGACGGUCUGUACUCCGAGUCUAAGUUGGGCCUGGAGACCCUGUUCAACCGUUGGUACUCUGAGAACUGGGCCAACUACCUCACCAUCUGCGGUGCUGUCAUCGGUUGGACCCGUGGCACUGGCCUGAUGAGCGGUAACAACAUGGUCGCGGAGGGUGUUGAGAAGCUUGGCGUUCGCACCUUCUCUCAGCAGGAGAUGGCCUUCAACCUGUUGGGUCUGAUGUCUCCCGCUGUCGUCAAUCUUUGCCAGAUUGACCCCGUGUGGGCUGAUCUCAACGGUGGUUUGCAGUUCAUCCCUGACCUCAAGGGCAUGAUGACUCGCCUCCGUACUGAUAUUAUGGAGACGAGCGACGUCCGACAGGCCGUUAUCAAGGAAACCGCCAUCGAGAACAAGGUCGUCAAUGGCGAGGAUAGCGGUGCUCUCUACAAGAAGGUGAUCGCCGAGCCGCGCGCCAACAUCAAGCUUGAUUUCCCCAAGCUUCCUGACUGGGAGACUGAAGUGAAGCUCCUGAACGAGAAACUGAAGGGUAUGGUCAACUUGGACAAGGUUGUCGUUGUCACUGGUUUCUCCGAGGUUGGACCCUGGGGUAAUUCUCGUACUCGUUGGGAGAUGGAGGCCCAUGGCAAGUUCUCUCUCGAGGGUUGCGUUGAAAUGGCCUGGAUUAUGGGCCUGAUCAAGCAUCACAACGGCCCUCUCAAGGGUAAGGCCUAUUCUGGCUGGGUUGAUGCGAAGAGCGGCGAGCCUGUCGAUGAUAAGGAUGUCAAAGCCAAGUACGAGAAGUACAUCUUGGAGCACACUGGUAUCCGCCUGAUCGAGCCUGAGCUGUUCAAGGGCUACGACCCUAAGCAGAAGCAGCUUUUGCAAGAAAUUGUCAUCCAGGAGGAUCUUGAGCCAUUCGAGGCGUCCCAGGAGACCGCCACUGAGUUCAAGCGUGAACACGGAGACAAGGUCGAUAUCUUCGAGAUUCCUGAAUCCGGCGAGUACACUGUCCGUCUGCGCAAGGGUGCCACCCUCCUCAUUCCUAAGGCUCUCUCGUUCGAUCGCCUUGUCGCCGGUCAAGUCCCCACUGGCUGGGACGCUAAGCGCUACGGUGUCCCUGAUGAUAUCAUCGAGCAAGUCGAUCCUAUCACUCUGUACGUUCUGGUGUGUACCGCUGAGGCCAUGCUGUCUUCCGGUAUCACCGAUCCCUAUGAGUUCUACAAGUAUGUCCACCUCUCUGAAGUGGGUAACUGUAUCGGCUCUGGUAUCGGUGGUACCCAUGCUCUGCGUGGUAUGUACAAGGACCGCUUCUUGGAUAAGCCUGUCCAGAAGGAUAUUCUGCAAGAAUCUUUCAUCAACACCAUGAGUGCGUGGGUGAACAUGCUGCUCCUAUCUUCGACCGGUCCCAUCAAGACUCCUGUCGGAGCCUGUGCCACUGCCGUCGAGUCCGUUGAUAUUGGUUACGAGACCAUCGUUGAGGGCAAGGCUCGUGUCUGUUUCGUUGGUGGUUUCGACGACUUCCAAGAGGAAGGUUCGUAUGAGUUCGCCAACAUGAAGGCUACUAGCAACGCUGAGACCGAGUUCGCCCACGGUCGCACCCCUCAAGAGAUGUCUCGCCCCACGACUACUACCCGUGCCGGUUUCAUGGAGUCGCAGGGUUGCGGUAUGCAGCUCAUCAUGAGUGCCCAGCUCGCUCUCGAUAUGGGUGUGCCCAUCCACGGUAUCAUUGCUCUGACUACCACUGCUACCGACAAGAUCGGACGAUCUGUGCCCGCUCCCGGCCAGGGUGUUCUUACCACCGCCCGUGAGAAUCCUGGCAAGUUCCCUUCGCCCCUCCUGGACAUCAAGUACCGUCGUCGUCAGCUUGAGCUCCGCAUGAAGCAGAUCAAAGAAUGGCAAGAGUCCGAGCUUCUUUAUCUCCAAGAAGAGGUCGACGCCAUGCAAGCCCAGAGCGACUCCUCCUUCAAUGCUUCCGAGUACAUGCACGAGCGUGCCCAGCACAUUGAGCGCGAGGCUGUCCGUCAGGAGAAGGAUGCUCAGUUCAGUCUGGGCAACAACUUCUGGAAGCAGGACUCGCGCAUCGCUCCCCUCCGUGGUGCCCUUGCUACCUGGGGCCUGACUGUUGAUGAUAUUAGCGUUGCCUCAUUCCACGGUACCUCGACUGUUGCCAACGACAAGAACGAGUCGGAUGUCAUUUGCCAGCAGCUGAAGCAUCUUGGUCGCAAGAAGGGUAAUGCCGUCAUGGGUAUCUUCCAGAAGUAUUUGACUGGUCACCCCAAGGGUGCCGCCGGUGCCUGGAUGUUCAACGGGUGCUUGCAGGUCCUUGACUCCGGUCUUGUUCCUGGCAACCGGAACGCCGACAAUGUUGACAAGGUGAUGGAGAAGUUCGACUACAUUGUUUACCCCAGUCGCAGCAUUCAGACUGACGGUGUCAAUGCCUUCUCUGUGACCUCCUUCGGUUUCGGUCAGAAGGGCGCCCAGGUCAUUGGUAUCCACCCCAAGUACCUGUAUGCCACUUUGGACCAGGCCCAGUACCAGGCCUACAGGAACAAGGUUGAGUCUCGCCACAAGAAAGCUUACCGUUACUUCCACAACGGUCUGAUCAACAACAGUAUCUUUGUGGCCAAGAGCAAGGCUCCUUAUGAGGAUGCUCAACAGAGCCAAGUCUUCCUGAACCCUGACUACCGUGUCAGUGUGGACAAGAAGACUUCUGAGCUGAAGUUCUCUACCACUCCUCCCAAGGCCGAGGAGCGGGAGAGCACCCGCCAAAUGGUCGAGUCCCUCGCCAAGGCUCACGCUACUGGUGGAAACUCCAAGGUCGGUGUCGAUGUUGAGAACAUCGACGCUAUCAACAUCUUCAACGAGACCUUUGUCGAGCGCAACUUCACUGAGGCCGAGCAAGAAUACUGCCGCAAGGCUGCUUCUCCUCAAUCGUCCUUUGUCGGCCGCUGGAGUGCCAAGGAAGCCGUGUUCAAGUCACUCGGUGUUAGCAGCAAGGGUGCCGGAGCUGCUUUGAAGGAUAUUGAGAUUGGAAGCGACGCCAAUGGCGCUCCCACUGUCAAUCUCCAUGGCGCCGCCGCUACCGCUGCCAAGGAAGCCGGUGUCAAGCAAGUCACUGUUAGUAUCAGCCACAGUGAGACUCAGGCCGUCGCGGUCGCUGUUUCGCAAUUUUAA